AUGUUAGAAAAAAUUAAUAGCUUUCGACGAUUUAGUGGCCCUCAAAUGAUGCCCAUACCCUCACCUGGUGUGCCCUUUGUAGAGUACGUCCUGCGAGCUAUUGAUCAUCCCCCACACAUGUUCGUUUCCAAGCUCGCAGCGUGCUGCGGCGUGCUUUUUCUAACCCGAUCCGAUCCGAAGCUGCUUCGCUCACUUUGUUAUCGAUGGGCCUCGCGCUUUGCAAGGGAUCGCGAGAAGCUCAUCGCGAUGAUUCGCCGGCGCGCGGAGUGCAGUGGGUUGACAAUUGGAUCUUCUGAAAGAACUUUUGAAUGUGAAUUUCAGCCGGACCCGCCGAGUAGUGGUGUCUCCGACAGGAAAGGGGUUGUAGAAAACCCCUGCAAUGCGUCACCAGGGCAAGGGGAUAGUUCUUUGAUAGAAUACACGGAUGGACUUUGCUCAAGUAUGAAUGUGUGCAAUCCCGAUAAGGUGGUGGAUUAUUUUUUAAGCAUCUUGAACUCCCUUGCGUAUAUGUACUUUUCAUGGAACUGGAAUUGUGCGGACUAUAUCGUGCAAAAUAAUAAAGAGUACGAGAUCGCGCUACGGCAUACGAUCUUUCCGAUUUGCACCCCCACAGCUGCCGAAGAUGGGGUGGAUGAUGAGGAGCAAUCCUCCUACCUCCUGCCUUUGUACAUAAAAGAUUUUCAAUUAGAUGCGGUGUCCCUCUCAACGUCUAAUGAUUUAUGGGAAGGCGAAGAGGAAAAGGAGGAUAAAGAAAAAGAUAAUAAUAUUAAUAGUAGAACGCAGUGGUCAGAUAAUAGCUCUAGUUCCCCUGAACUGAAAGGCAAGAACCUAAAAGUAAACCCAAGCAGGCACACCCGAUCUGAGGUAGCGGCUAAUCUAGAUGGUGAUAACAUCUCAUUAGAAGCUCUGAUUCUGCCUAGAAAAAGUGAUAAUAUCGAUAAUCCUAACACCAGUCCAAUAUAUCCAUCGUGCACCCUUAAAGGGGAUGAAAAACAGUAUAAUAGGAGUUUGCCAACAGACAAUUUCUAUUUGGAUAAUUUACCGCAGCCAAGGCAAAACGGAAUACCGAAACAAGGUCGAUUAACGUUUUUAACGCUAAAUAAUCUUGAAAAAUGUCUUCAGUCGAACCAUACAGGACUUUUGAUUCUCUUCCACGCAAAGCAUUUAGCGCGGAGUAAUGCGGCACUGGGGAUACUUUCAACGAUCGCAUGUCAGAAGACGGUGGACCCGAUGCCUGCGAUGUAUGUUGUCUAUUCCGUAGCGGAGCCCGAAUUAGCGAAUCUUUUUGACGUUCACUGGUUUCCAACGAUUGUUUACAUCCCGCAAAGCGCUCACGAAUGGAAUGGCCUUUGUGAAAACCCCAACACCUCGCCUCAGGGCGAUAUCACCUCGAGGAUGCGGCGGGAUGAACCCGUUGGAUCACCGACCUGUCCGCUUAGCGCGGACCUCGGCUGCCGUUCCCUGCAGCCUUGCUCUUCCUCCGUGUACACCAACGAGUCCUUGGAUGGGCUGCUAAACAGCGACGAGUCCCUUCACCCCUGCACCACCCCCCACCCCCAUCCGCCACGCCCCCUGGAGGCCCUCUCGCACGGGCUCCUCCGGCGCUAUUCCUCCCUGUCCAACCUCACCGCGUACCCCUCCGAGACGGCGUCGAUCCUCCCGAUCCCGUCCACGAUGCGGCUGCUGCGGGAGUCCCCGACGAAGGUCCUCUACGGCCUGGACGCGCCGAACGGCUUCUUCCCCUUCGUCCCCCCGGCCGCGGCCCAGGGCCCCCUUCCCGGGGAAAAAAAGGGAGGGGAGGAGGGCCCCCCGGCCCUCGCCCAGGCCCACGUGAAGUACCCAAAGGACGGCGUGCUGAGGGUGGGGGAGCUGGCGCAGUGGGUCCGGGCGCGGGGGGCCUGCGAGCCCGCCCUGCUCCGCACGGGCGCCCUCGUCACGGAGGUGGUGACCCUGCGGGAGGACCAGAAGUUCGACAAGGCCCAGGAGCCCCACUCCAGCCUGAUGAUCCUGCGCCGCAUGCAGGGCAACCCCGGGGGGGAGCGCAAACGGCGGACUACCACCACCACCACCACCACCCCUCCCUUUCCUGUCCCUCCAGCGAUGGGAGUGGCCCGGGAGAAUGGGGGGCGCUUAGGCGGAGGUGAGGAGCCCCCGCAGUUUAUCUUCUUCGGGGGGGGGAUGGCGGCGGGGAAGUCGACCAUUGCGAUGGCGCUAGUCAAGACCUCGUGGUGGGAAAAACACAAAGGCGAUACCGAACUCAUUAACGCGGAUGAUUUCAAAUCCUCGGAUUCGAACCUCACCUUUACAACCUCCGAGGAGCAUCUCCGGAGCACGUGGAUUGCGGAAAAAGUAAUGGUGGAGGCACUUAAUCAAGGUCGUAAUGUCGUUUAUGACGGAACGAUGAUGUGGGCUCCUUUUAUAUCUCAGGUGGUGGACAUGGUACGCAAUGCGCAUAUAAUGUUGUAUGAAAAGGGGCCUGGUUACUUAGGAGAGGGCCAGCCGGAGGUUUAUUUUAUUCCUACCCGAAAACGCGAAUCACCGCUGCCAGUGCCGUAUAAAAUAAUUUUUAUGGGGAUUACCGUGGAGCCCCAGGUAGCAGUUCCGCGCGGGUUGCUGCGAAAAUUCGAAAGCGGCCGUGGCGUACCUAUAUUCGUUCAGUUGAACUCGUUUAAACUCUUUUCAAAGAAUUUUAAUGACUAUACGAAGCUGAUGGAUGUUGUAACAUUGUAUAACAACAACGUUAUUGUGGACCUUGAGAAGGGUGAACUGCCGCCUAUUCUUGCAGAGCUAAAUGAAUCCACAAACGGGGAGCUGAAGAUCUAUGAUGCGGCGUAUGAGUUAUUCCAAAGGCAACAACACAUCAAUAUCCAUGCUCGUAACGUUAUGGAAAUUUACCCGGAUAGCAACUUCUUUGAGAUGCCUUAA